GCAUGUAGAGGGGACUGUCCAGUGCCUGCCUUGCAGGUGUAAGGCUCGUUCACUUUGGUUCGGUGUUUCGCGUUUUGUGGUAGUGUGGCCUGGACGGAGAAAAAUCAAUUGGUGGAUUUAUGACACAAGGAGCAAAUAAUUAUGAAUCUGAUACCAUGGGUCCUGUUGGGGUUGAUAUCGUGGACGUCAGCCCAAGGGGAACUCCCCGCAUCCGAGGACAAGCCGAAUGAGGCGAAACUAAUGUCCAAGAUAACAGUGGGCAAUGCUCCCAUCGAGCAGAGGAAUUAUCAAGUCGCGCCCUCGCCCUACAAUUUACCAGAACAAAGCGAGCCCUACAAUAUCGCCUACGAGUACCAUAAUUACGACCAAAUGACUAAGUUUCUCAGAGCGACAACGUCCAGAUAUCCCUCGUUGACUGCGCUGUACUCGAUUGGAAAGUCGGUGCAAGGGAGAGAUUUGUGGGUGAUGGUAGUCUCAGCCUCCCCUUAUGAACACAUGAUUGGAAAACCCGACGUUAAGUAUGUUGCAAAUAUGCACGGAAACGAAGCCGUGAGCAGGGAACUUAUGCUACAUCUGAUUCAUCACCUGGUGACCAACUACCACACGGACCCUUACAUCCGCUGGCUGAUGGACAACACCAGAAUCCACAUCAUGCCCUCCAUGAACCCCGACGGCUUCGAGGUGGCCAAAGAGGGCGCCUGUGACGGUGGUCAAGGUCGUUACAACGCGCGCGGUUUUGACUUGAACCGCAAUUUCCCCGAUUAUUUCAAACAAAACAAUAAACGAACGCAGCCAGAGACAGAAGCGGUCAAAGAAUGGGUUUCCAAAAUCCAGUUCGUUUUGUCUGGGAGUUUGCACGGUGGCGCUUUAGUCGCCAGUUAUCCCUUCGAUAAUACUCCGAAUUCACGACUGUGUAGGUCUUCAGCAUUGUGUUCUUUGUUUCAGAGCUACGCGUCCUCACCGUCUCUUACACCAGACGAUGAUGUUUUCAAACAUUUAGCGCUGACUUAUUCCACGAAUCAUGCGAAGAUGAGUCGCGGAGUUGCGUGCAGGUCGUCACAGCAGGGAUUCAGAAGGGGAAUUACAAACGGUGCCGAAUGGUACCCCCUGACUGGAGGCAUGCAAGACUUCAACUACGUCUGGUACGGCUGCAUGGAGGUGACUCUCGAAGUCUCCUGUUGCAAAUAUCCCCCCGCAAACGAACUACCAAAAUACUGGGAGGACAAUCGCAUGUCCCUGAUUAAAUUCCUCGCCGAAGCCCAUCGUGGCGUCCACGGGUUCGUCAUGGACGAAAACGGCAAUCCGGUCGAAAAAGCCUCACUCAAAAUAAAAACUCGCGAUGUGGGCUUCCAGUCGACGAAAUACGGCGAGUUCUGGAGAAUCCUCAUGCCCGGAGUGUACAAACUCGAGGUUUACGCCGACGGUUACGUGCCCCGAGAGGUGGACGUCAUGGUGGUGGAGCAACACCCCACGCUUGUGAACGUGACUCUGCACGCAGCCAAGAGGAAGGAUGGGAAUUUUUAUCGGCCGCAGCAACAGCAACAACCGUUUUACCACCGGCAGCCGGUGCCGCAUCCCCAGCAGCCGGGCUUCAUUUCUUCCAUAACUAGCGGGUUCAACAACCUGGUUAAUUUCUUCGGAUGAGUUAACGUAUUGAUACGUUCUGCAUUAUUUAUUUUGUAUUUAUGAGUAGGUUUCCUAAGUCUCAGGUUGCUCAAGGAGCUUUUAUGUUCAAAAUCAAACGUUGUUGACUUCCCUGUUACAGACUGUUAAUAAUGUUAAGAAAUAAAGUAGUACACUAUCUA